UGUGAGACAGACCUGCUGCAGACGUGAUCCAUGAGCAGCGACACAGAAUCCAGGCUGCUGUCCAGCUUGGUGUUGUGAUACAGACAGCGGUCCCUCUGCAGCUCCACCGCCUGUCGCAGCAGGUUCUGCAGCCGCCGAGGAGGCAGCAUGACAGAGGGCGGCAGGUACGCUGAAGCAAGAGCCAAAAGGGAACUAGUUAGCAUUGAGACAUAAAAAGGCAACAAAAGAAACAUCAUCAUCCAUGCAAAGAACUCCAUACUCUUCCGCAACGGUACACCAUGGCAAAAAAAGAACAUUUCAACAUUCGGCGUCACUAUGGGGAGUUUGGACGGAGCAGAAACGUGCGAACUUGUUGGGAGUUUCCUCCUCUCCCAGCUCGCUAGCCUCAACCUGAACCUUGGUAUUUACCGUGAUGACGGACUGGCAGUGUGUCGCGCCUCGCCAAGGAGCAGCGAGAAUACCAAGAAGCGUAUAUGCCAAAUCUUCAAAGAGAACGGUCUACGGAUCACGAUUGAAGCCAACAAGCAAACCGUCAACUUCCUCGACGUCACUUUCAACCUGAGGAACAACAGCUACCAACCAUUCACGAAACCCAACACAACACUCCAAUACGUGCACCAUGACAGCAACCACCCACCCACCACCACGAAAAGAAUACCUACCGGAAUUAAUAAAAGACUAUCGAUGCUGUCAUCUAGCAAAGCUGAAUUUGACAAAGCAACCCCCCCGUACCAAAAAGCACUUGAUGAAUGCGGAUACAACUUCACCCUCACCUACGAACCCACGCCAAGAAACCAACCAAAAAGCAGAAAACGAAACAACAUUAUCUGGUACAACCCCCCAUACAGCAAAAACGUCUCAACUAAUAUUGGCCACAAAUUCCUCACCCUGAUCGACAAACACUUCCCCAAAGGCAACACCCUAAGAAAAGUAUUUAACAAGAACAACAUUAAAUUGAGCUACAGCUGCAUGAACAACAUGCGACAAAUCAUUUCAAACCACAAUAAAGCAAUUGAAAAGGAGCCGCCCGCCACCAGGCAGAACGACUCCAAAACCGACAAAGGCUGUAACUGCCGCAAGAAACCUGAUUGCCCUCUCAACGGGGGGUGCUUACAAUCAUCAGUCGUUUACCAAGCAAAGGUAAUACGCAAGGACAUUAACACAUCCGACACAUACGUAGGAUUAACUGAGGGAGAAUUCAAAACCAGAUGGAACAACCACAAGGCUUCUUUCAGAUGCAAAAGACUCCGGAACACUACAGAACUCAGUAAACACAUUUGGAAUCUCAAAGACAAUAAUGUUGAAUACUCAAUAACAUGGCAAAUUCUUGCAUCCAGCACUCCUUACAACAGUGGUAACAAAAGAUGCAACCUAUGCUUAAAAGAGAAACUGUUUAUCAUAUACCGUCCAGACUUGUCAUCCCUCAACAAGCGCAGCGAAACUGUAUCAGCAUGCCGUCACAGAAGGAAACACCUCCUAGGUAACACAUGAGUCAAUCACCACGCUCCCACGCCUGCCUGUACCCACCCGCUCUGUGCCCUAUAUAAACCAUGGUAUGUGAACGCUUCAAUUAAAAUC